GCUAUUCAGAAUGCAUAAGUGCAGUAAUGGAAGAUCUUGUUACAUCAAACAACUCAUUAAUGCAGGAGAUGGGCAAGGACAAUUACAGUUGGGCUUCAACAAUUACUUCAUCUAUGGACAGAAAGCAGAGCACUGUAACACCUCCUGCAGAAGUUAACACUUCACUAUCAGUACUAGUGGGUACAAAGGCUGUGCUCUCUUGCCCUCCUGUGCUGUGGACAAGUAUGCUGCUAACAACAUGGGAAAUAGUCCUCAGAGACAAGUUGCCCUGCUUCAGAGCCUUCAGGGGUGAUACAAAUGAGACCAAGGGAGGAAACUGUACCGACGAGAGAAUAACCUGGGCCUCCAGACUUGACGAGAAUCCUGCCCUUCAGAUUGAUCCAGUGGCCAUCACUCAUGAUGGGUAUUACAGGUGUCAAAUGGUAACACCUGAUGGGAAUUUCCAUCGUGGAUAUCACCUCCAAGUGUUAGUGCCCCCUGAGGUGACCCUGGUUCAAACUGAGAAUGGAACUGCAGUGUGCAAGGCAGUUGCAGGGAAGCCAGCUACACAGAUCUCCUGGACCCCAGAGGGAGAUUGUGUCACUGAGCAAAAACGUCAUUGGGGCAAUGGCACAGUGACCAUCCAGAGUACAUGCCACUGGGAGGGCCGCCAUGUACCUAAUGUGUCCUGCUCUGUCUUCCACUUGACUGGCAACAGGAGUCUGUCCAUAGAGCUGGAUCAAGGUGUCAGAACCCUGAGAUUUCCAGCAUCAGGCUUACUGAUCAUUCUCUACGUGAAAUUCUCUCUUUUCUUGGUUAUCCUAGUCACUGUGGACUUCAUCUACUUCCAGAGAACAAAUGGUUGCAGGGCAAUGGGAAACUGCCUGUAUCAUCUCCUCACACAAGCCCCACAUUUCAUGAAGUCAUCUGGGGACAGAAGAUUGCUAUUCUAUUGA